CUUUAUAACAGAGUAGACCACUGUACAGCCUCUUCCGCUGAGCUUACAAGGAUUUGGACCGUUCAUUCUCUCUCCCUGAGGCGGCCUGAAGGAUAAAAAUGUCACUCUUCCAGUCUGCACUGGAUUUCCUAGCCGGGCCCGGCUCGGUUGGAGCGGCCAGCCGGGACCAGAAUGACUUCGUUGGACAGCUUGUUGAGCUCGGAGACAUGAAGUUGAGGAUCAAAAGGGUGAUUGCCGAAGGUGGAUUUGCCUUUGUGUAUGAAGCCCAAGAUAUGAGCAGUGGUAAAGACUAUGCUCUUAAGAGGCUGCUAUCCCACGAGGAGGAGAAGAGCAAAGAAAUUAUACAGGAAGUCUGCUUUAUGAAAAAGCUGUCAGGUCAUCCAAAUAUGGUUCAGUUCAGCUCGGCGGCCUCAAUCAGUAAAGACGAGUCCGACACCGGGCAGGCUGAGUACUUGAUCCUCACUGAGCUAUGUAAAGGUCAGCUGGUGGACUUUAUAAAGCGGGUAGAGCAGAAGGCUCCAAUGUCAUGUGACACGGUGCUGAAAAUUAUCUAUCAGGCAUGUCGCGCUGUGCAGCACAUGCACAAACAGAAACCUCCAAUCAUCCACCGAGACCUCAAGAUUGAGAACCUCUUGAUUAGUAACCAGGGCACCAUCAAGCUGUGUGACUUUGGCAGCGCCACCACAGUCUCACAUUAUCCAGACUACAGCUGGUCUGCACAGAAGAGGUCCAUGGUGGAGGAUGAGAUCACAAGAAACACCACUCCAGCAUACAGAACGCCAGAAAUGAUUGAUUUAUACUCCAACUUUCCCAUCAACGAGAAACAAGACAUCUGGGCCAUUGGAUGCAUCCUCUACUUGUUGUGUUUCAAGCAACAUCCUUUUGAGGAGGGAGCUAAACUGCAAAUUGUCAAUGGGAAAUACUCGAUCCCUCAGAACGAUGGCAAAUACACAGUGUUUCAUGACCUCAUACCUAUGCUAAAGGCGAUCUGGAUAUUUCUUACAUCACGUCCAGAAUAGCAGUCAUGUCUUUCCCAGCAGAAGGGGUGGAGUCGGCCAUAAAGAAUAACAUCGAGGACGUUCGUCUGUUUCUGGACUCGCGUCACGCUGGCCACUAUGCUGUAUACAACCUCUCUAAACGAUCUUACAGGCCCUCUCGGUUCCACAACAGGGUUUCAGAGUGUAACUGGCAGGUGCGACGUGCUCCCAACCUCCGCAGUCUCUACAAUGUUUGCAAAAACAUGCAUCAGUGGCUCAAGCAGGACCAGAGGAACAUCUGUAUAGUACACUGUCUAGAUGGCCGAGCAGCAUCAGCAGUGGCAGUUUGUUCUUUCCUGUGUUUCUGCCGUCUUUUCACCACAGCUGAGGCUGCCGUCUACAUGUUCUCAAUGAAACGCUGCCCUCCUGGCAUAGCACCCUCACACAAAAGGUACAUAGAGUAUAUGUGUGACAUGAUGGCAGAGGAGCCCAUCAUCCCUCAUAGCAAACCUGUGGUUAUUCGUUCCAUCAUCAUGACGCCUGUACCGCUGUUCAAUAAGCAGCGUAAUGGGUGCAGGCCGUUCUGUGAAGUUUACGUUGGAGAUGAAAGAGUCCUCACCACGUCACAGGAGUAUGACAGGAUGAAGGAUUUUAAGAUGGAAGAUGGCCAGGCAGAGAUUCCCCUCAAUGUUACAGUCCAAGGAGAUGUCCUGGUGGUGAUCUAUCAUGCAAGAUCAACUCUGGGUGGGCGUCUGCAGGCAAAGAUGGCAUCCAUGAAAAUGUUUCAGAUCCAGUUUCACACUGGUUUUGUGCCAAGAAAUGCAACUACUGUCAAGUUUGCCAAGUACGACUUGGACGCCUGUGACAUCCAGGAGAAAUAUCCAGACUUGUUCCAGGUGAACUUGGACAUUGAGGUUGAACCCAGGGACAAGCCCAAUACGAGGAGUGCUCCAUGGGAGGGCUUUCAAACCAAGGGCCUUAAUCCAAAAAUACUCUUCUCAUCUCGUGAUGAGCAGCAGGAGAUCCUCAGUAAAUUUGGUAAGCCCGAGCUGCCUCGUCAGCCUGGUUCUUCUGCAUUUUAUGAGUCGGAGACUACCGCACCUGCUCAGACCCCAGAAGGUUUCAACACAACAGAACCAGAAUCUCCUGCGAGCAACGAUGCCAGUGCCAGCAACUUCUUCCAAACGCUUGAUUGGGAAGAUCAUCAGCACUUUUAUGAUGCCUCAGACAGCCAAGGAGGAGGAUCCCUGAAUGAUCAGGAGGACAUGAGUGAUCAGUCAGAGGGGGAGUCCUUUUCUGCCCCCAGUAUGGAAGCUUUAUCACGAGACCACAGUGAACAGCUGUUUGAUGCUGAUUUCCAGACACCACCUCCUGCACCUGGAGAACCUUCUCGUAGUGACACAGCUGACCUCUUGGGGUUGAACUGUGAUCCUGAUCCUUCUGCCAUGUCCUCAAUCUCCUCCCAAGUUCCAAAUCAAGGAGACGAGGGAGGACUAAAAGCUGCUUCUAGCAACAGUGACCUCCUCAAUGACUUGUUUGCGCCUCCUGCUGGUCAGACAGGGGCAGGGCAGGAAGAUUUGUUUUUCAGUGAGCCAACCAGUGGAGCCACACCAGAUUCGAAACCUAUGAGUGAUCUGUUUGAUCCAUUCGGGAUGGGGUCCGGCUCUGGUGUUGGCUCCAGCGUCAGUUCAUCUCGACAGGCCUCUGGACCAGAUCUGUUUGGAGACUUGUUGGGCUCUGAUAGUUCGGCAACCAGCGGAUUUAGCUCGGCUCACAGUAACCCCACCCCUGUUUCUAACACCAGCCUCUUCAACCUCAAUAAGAUUGUGAAAGAUACCCCUAAGAUGACAUCAUCAGCCAGCCAACCAGAUUUGCUUGGGGGGUGGGACAGCUGGGCAGCUCACACCACUGCUGGAGUCAACACCACGAACAGCAAACCCAGUUCUACCAACACAGCUUCGUCAUCCAUGUCAAAGGCCAAGUCUCAGACCUUUGAUCCUUUUGCAGAACUUGGAAAUCUGGGUUCUAAUUUACCAGGUUCAUCCAGCAGUAAUUUUUCUGGACCUUCCUUAAGCACAAAGACUCCAUCUUCCUCCACUCCCUCCUCUAAGCCUCAAGCCCAGGCCUGGCAGGCUGGAAAACCCAACUCUGCCCAGAACAAACCUUGGAUGUCAGGAUCUGGAUCAACACCCAAAGGAUCCUCAGCACCUCAGCCUGCUGGGGCACCGCCCACUAAGCCCAACUACAACCUCACCUUCUCCAGUGUCAUCGGUGGGAGAGAGGAAAGAGGAGUUCGUGGACCUGGAUUUGGACCCAAACCGAAGGUUAAAGAGGAUGAUUUUGAGGACCUGCUCUCCACUCAGGGUUUUGCAUCCAGGCCAGACAGAAGGGGACCGAGGACCAUUGCUGAAAUGAGGAAACAGGAGAUCUCAAAAGACAUGGAUCCUCUUAAAUUACAAAUCUUGGACUGGAUCGAGGGUAAGGAGCGAAACAUCAGAGCACUGCUGUCAACUCUGCACACCGUCUUGUGGGAGGGGGAAACCCGCUGGAGGCCUGUGAACAUGGCUGACCUUGUAACGCCUGAUCAGGUCAAGAAGUUCUACAGAAAGGCUGUGCUCGUCGUCCAUCCAGAUAAGGCUACGGGUCAGCCGUAUGAACAGUACGCUAAAAUGAUCUUCAUGGAGCUAAACGACGCCUGGUCAGAAUUUGAGAACCAGGGAUCCAAAGCACUCUUCUAAAAUCCUGGCCUGGACCAAACCCAUACCAAACCAGACCACGCUGGACUGGAUUUGGCCUAACCAAACAAGGGUUAAACUGGGCCAGAUUGGACAGGACUGAGCCCACAUUGGGCCAUUAAGGGCACAGAACCUCUGAGAGGUGUCCUCUCUACUAUUCCCUUGCUCCUGCUUUACCUUGUUCUGUUUCUACAGUAAAGGAAAUAAAAGCCCUUUGUCUCAUGUCGGGCUCAGAUGAAAAUAUCCUCACUGGUUCGUCAAUAACCAGUUUAAUAAACAUUGCGAUUGUUCUUAAACUCACUGCCUACCUGUGCGACUGCCUGAGAGGUGCUGCAAAUAUCGGGAGGGAGUACUGGGUGACAAUCACACUGAAUAAUUAAAAAAAAAAAAAAAAA